AUGGGAGGAGGAGGAGGAGGAGGAGGCGGAGGAGGCAGUACAGAAGGCCCGAGAGAGCUUGAUCAAACCCCAACAUGGGCUGUCUCUACCGUUUGUGGAAUUAUCAUCUUGAUCUCUAUCAUCUUGGAGCUCAUGAUUCACAAAAUCGGAACCGUGUUCGAGAGGAAAAAGAAGAAAGCCUUAUACGAAGCUCUUCAAAAGAUCAAAAACGAGCUUAUGGUUUUGGGAUUCAUUUCGCUGUUACUAACGUUUGGACAAAACUACAUCGCAAGCUUGUGCGUGCCGUCAAAAUACGGUAACGCUAUGUCCUUUUGUGGUCCGUACGAUGGUCCCUCUGGUGAAGCUAAGCAGCCAAAGGAUAUCGAUCACAUGCAGAGGCAUCUUCUCUCCGUUCAGCGCCGUGUUUUGGCUGGUGGUGCUCCUGCUCAGUGCAAGAAGGGUUACGUGCCGCUUAUAUCACUCAACGCGUUGCACCAAGUGCAUAUCUUUAUCUUCUUCUUGGCUGUGUUUCAUGUCAUUUAUAGUGCUAUAACCAUGAUGCUUGGAAGAGCAAAGAUUCGUGGAUGGAAAGUAUGGGAGGAAGAGGUUGUAAAUGAUCAUGAGAUGAUGGAUGAUCCUUCACGAUUUAGGCUUACACAUGAGACAUCUUUUGUUAGAGAGCAUGUUAACACUUGGGCGAGAAACAGAUUCUCCUUCUACGUUAUGUGUUUCUUUCGUCAGAUGCUGAGAUCUGUACGAAAAUCUGACUAUUUGACAAUGCGUCAUGGGUUCAUAAGUGUUCAUUUGGCACCUGGGAUGAAGUUUAAUUUCCAAAAAUACAUCAAAAGGUCACUGGAAGAUGACUUCAAGGUAGUCGUGGGAAUCAGUCCCGCGCUAUGGGCCUUUGUAAUGAUCUUUUUACUCGUUGAUGUUCACGGGUGGUAUGCUACUGCUGUGAUUACCACGAUUCCUCCAGUUUUGACAUUAGCGAUAGGAACCAAGCUUCAGGCGAUUAUAUCAGACAUGGCGUUGGAGAUUCAAGAGAGACAUGCAGUGAUACAAGGGAUGCCACUAGUCAAUGUCUCUGACCGACAUUUCUGGUUCGCUCGUCCCGCUUUAGUCCUCCAUAUCAUCCAUUUCAUUCUCUUCCAGAAUGCUUUUGAGAUCACCUACUUCUUCUGGAUAUGGUAUGAGUUCGGCUUAAGGUCCUGUUUUCAUCACCAUUUCGCCCUCAUAAUCGUACGUGUUUGUCUAGGGGUGGGAGUGCAAUUUCUCUGUAGUUACAUCACACUUCCUCUUUACGCUCUCAUGGGAUCAACGAUGAAGCGAUCAGUGUUUGAUGAGCAAACGUCAAAGGCAUUAAAGAUGUGGCAUAAGAAUGCAAAGAAAAAGAGUGAAACGUCAGGUCCAGUGCCUACAACUCGACCUAAAACUGGCGGCGAUAUUGAGUCUGCACCGGCGAACAUCACCGCUAGUGUUGAUAAUAAGGAAGGAGAUCAGGGUCGUGACCUAUUAAGCGGUCCCUAG